AAUCUAACAUCUCUUGCGCUUUGGUUCCGUGACACUAACAGACUCUCUCCAACCAGCCGAGAGGGACUUACGGGUGCAGGCGGUAUGGAUUUUCAUCAGAGAAUAACAGCCCCUUAUUCAGUAAUACUAUCAUCGAAGCCAUUCAAGUUCGAGCAGCUUUUUCGUACUCUCCGUGUGUGGAAGAGUGGCUGCAUGUACCCGCGCAGAAAUAAACCCAUUUUGCCGGACAAGACUCGGGCUCUUCUGACGUCACCCACUCGAUGCCUCUCCCCCGUGACCCAGCAGUGGCGUCACGAAGAUCGAAGGGGGCGUGGCUUAGCGCUAGCAAGCAAGGAGCGGCGCCGUUACUGCUACCUCCUCUCGCCCGGCCUGGACUCCGCGUUAGCGAGGGCGGUUUUCACCAUGGCUGAGCAGCGAGGGCGCGCCAGUGGCCCCCCGAGUGGGCUAGAGGCAUCGAGCAGCCCGGUGCCCAUGAACCUGUUCGCAGCCUGGGAGAUCGACGGCUCGAGCCCCAGCUGCGUCCCACGGUUGUGCAGCUUGACUUUGAAGAAACUGAUAGUAUUGAAAGAAUUGGAUAAGGAUCUCAUUUCUGUGGUAAUUGCAGUCAAAAUGCAGGGUUCAAAACGAAUAUUGAGGUCUCAUGAAAUUGUGCUGCAUUCUACUGAGCAUGUAGAGACAGAGCUGGCACUGACAUUUUCCCUGCAGUAUCCUCAUUUCUUGAAAAGAGAAGGCAACAAGCUUCAGAUUAUGCUGCAGAGGAGGAAGCGGUAUAAAAACAGGACAAUUCUCGGCUACAAAACUUUGGCAAUGGGAUCUAUAAACAUGGUGGAGGUAAUGCAGCACCCAACAGAAGGAGGCCAAGUUUUGAACCUUUUUAGCAGCAUCAAGGAAAUUACUGCUAAAGUAGCAGAGAUCUGGAUCUUCUCACUGUCCAGUCAGCCAAUAGACCAAGAGGAUAGUACUAUACAUGUGAGCCAGAAAAUUAAGUCUACAGACAACUAUUCAGAAGAGGAAUAUGAAAGCUUCUCUUCAGAACAAGAAGCAAGUGACGAUGCUGUUCAGGGACAGGAUUUGGAUGAUGAUGAGUAUGAGCUGGGAAAGCCAAAGAAGCAGUGGAGAUCGAUAGUAAGAACAACAUCCAUAACCAGGCAACAAAACUUCAAGCAAAAAGUGGUGGCACUGUUGAAAAGGUUUAAAGUAUCUGAAGAGGUUUUGGAUUCUGAGCAGGAUCCAGCUGACCAUGUCCCAGAAGUAGAGGAAGAUCUAGAUCUUCUCUAUGAUACGCUUGAUAUGGAAAAUCCUAGUGACAGUGGCCCUGACAUGGAAGAUGAUGACAGUGUCCUCAGCACUCCUAAGCCAAAGCUAAGACCUUACUUUGAAGGACUGUCGCAUUCAAGCUCUCAAACAGAAAUUGGAAGCCUCCACAGCAUCAGAAGCCAGAGAGAGCCACCGAGUCCUGUUGAAAUGUCUGAAAGGAACAAGAAUCUUGGAAGCAAACAACCAGCAGACAGCAUCUCUGACACGAUGCCUUCUGAAACUCAACAACAAGAGGGUAUAGAAACAGAACAACUAUCUGCCCUUGAUAGCUUCAUUGAAAAGCUUCCACCAGGUGGCAGAAUUACAAAGACAGAAUCUCUCAUACUUUCUUCCAGCAGAUCAGAGGGGAAGCAGGUGGGUUGCAGAGGCAGAAGCACAUCACUGAAGGAAAGACAGCCAGUGAAGCAGCAGAAUGAGAGAGCAAACAGUCUGGACAAUGAACGGUCUCCAGACACCAGGCACCACUUGCAGGUGAAAUGUGCUCUUCAUUGUCAAAGAGGCAUCCUCCUUUUAGAUUUCUCUCAUUUUGGACAGCUUUCAACAUAACUUGUAUAUUAUUCUCAGUUUCUUUCAGGUGUCUUGCAAAAGCAUGCCCUUCCAAUAGUCUGCACAUGCUCUUCUGCUGACAUUCAGGCAGCUUUUAGCACCAUUGUCUCCAGAAUACAGAGAUACUGUAACUGCAAUCCUCAGCCUCCCAAUCCAAUUAAAAUUGCAAUUGCUGGAGCCCAGAAUUACCUCAGUGCUGUGUUGAGGCUCUUUGUAGAACAGCUGUCCCACAAAACCCCAGACUGGCUCAGCUACAUGAGAUUUCUCAUCAUACCACUAGGUUGUCACCCAGUAGCAAAAUAUCUGGGUUCAGUUGAUUAUCAAUAUAACAACUUCUUCCAAGAUUUAUCGUGGAAACAUUUAUUUAAGAAACUUGAAGCACAAAAUACUGUCCAGGAAUCACCAGAUAUUGUCUCCAGAAUAACUCAGUACCUAAUGGGAGCAAACUGUGAACAUCAGUUACCCAUUGCAGAAGCAAUGUUGACAUACAGACAGAAAAGCCCAGAUGAAGAAUCUGCCCAGAAAUUCAUCCCUUUUGUUGGAGUGGUAAUAGUUGAUCAGUCCUCUGCAACUUCAGGUGACUCGGAUGAUGCUGCUCCCUGUAGUUCAAUUGUCCUUUCCUCUACCCCGCCUUCUACGUCUCCUGCUGUGAAGGAAUCUUCUCCUACCCCACCUUCCUCGCCAUCCGUCACAGGCAGCUUUGCUUCCUCCAGCUCUGGUCUUGGUAUGGAACUGAUGGGACUUCAGGUAGAUUACUGGAUUGCAAGUCAUCCUUUGGAGAAGAAGAGAGACUCAGAGAAAAAGGAUCUUGCCACUGCCAAAAACACACUGAAAUGCACUUUUCGGUCUCUCCAGGUCAGCCGGCUGCCUAUGAGUGGGGAUGCUAUUUCCACUCCAACUAUGUUAAUGACUGUUGUGAUGAAGGAAAAGAACAAAAAAGUGAUGUUUCUGCCUAAGAAAGCAAAAGACAAGGAAUUUGAUUCUAAGAGCCAGUGUAUAGAUGGAAUCAGCCGGCUGAUUUGCACAGCAAAGCAUCAGCAGAAUAUGUUGCGGGUGCUUAUUGAUGGAGUAGAGUGGAAUGAUGUGAAGUUCUUCCAGCUAGCAGCACAGUGGUCUUCCCACGUCAAGCACUUUCCCAUCUGCAUAUUUGGACAUUCCAAAUCGUAACACAGCAGAAUCCAUAGGAUAGUUCUGCAAGCCACAACACAUGAGUGCCAGCUGCUUGUGCUCUCCUGCAUUUUACUUACAAAUGUGCUUGGAUAACUGCUCAGAUACUUCUCUGUUUGUUCUUACAGUUGGCUGCAAGGAAAGGAUGCUACUUAAAACAGCAGCAAUUUGGUCUUAAGUCUAGACAUCCAUCUAAGAUAGUUGCAGGAGCCCCUAAGAAUUUUUAAAACCCAAGAGUAACUGUAUUGCUUAUUAACAUAGAACCCAAUUGGAUGGAGAGUGGAAUGGGAGAUUCAUUUCUCACUUACCUCAAUUAAUUUCUCAUGCCUGUGAAAUUCUCCAAACUUGAAAAAAUCUCAGCUAGAGAAUAAUUUCCAGCUUACCCCUUCUUUCCACCCAUCCAGCCUC